CUUUAUAUAUCUAACUACCGUUUUUCCGCCCUAGCAAAAGCAACGCAACCAAUCGCUCCUACCAACCCUCACCAUGGUCGUAUUCGACGCAUCUGCAACCAGCGAGGAUGUCACCGGCGCCUUUUCGACGCAGAUCAGAGGUCGCACCUUCGUGAUCACCGGAGCCGGUCAGCCCAGCAUUGGCAGCAAGAUAGCCACUUCGCUGGCGAAGUUUGCGCCCGCGCAUAUCCUCAUCGCCUCCAGAACAGCCAAGAAGGUCGAGCCUGUGCUCCAGGAAAUCAAAGAGAUCGAUCCAUCCGUGAAAGCCACCUUCGUACAGGUCGACCUGUCCGACCACGACUCAGUGCGCCAAGCCGCCAACGAGAUUCUGGCCGCUGCGCCCAAAAUCGACGUCCUCAUCAACAGCGCCGGAAUCAUGGGGUUGAAGGAAUUCACCGUCGACAAACAGGGCAUCGAGAUGCAGUUUUCUGCCAAUCACGUCGGCCACUUUCUGCUUACGAAUUUGCUUGUCCCGGCUCUGCUUGCAGGCGUUGCUGAGGCCGGCAAUGCUCGCGUCGUGAACCUCACAAGCUCGGGCCACCGGAUCAGCCCGGUGCGUUUCGAGGACUGGAACUACUCGGGCGGCAAGGAAUAUGAUCUCUGGACUGGGUAUGGGCAGGCAAAAUCGGCGAAUAUUCUCUUUGCCUACGGGUUGACCAAGAAGCUGAAGGCCCGCGGCAUCACGUCGACAGCGGCGCAUCCUGGCUAUAACGCUGACACGAAACUGGGCGCGCAUCUGACGUGGGACGACUAUGACGGAGUCUUCCCGACGGCAAAGAAGAACACUGGACUGGACUUUACGUUUGAAGAGCCUCGAUUCAAGACUUACACACAGAUUGCGGCUACUCCACUGAUUGCUGCCCUCGACCCCGAGCUUCCUGCCAAAUCUCCUGCUUAUCUACAAAACAGCGAGAUCACAGAGACGCCAGCGGAGUACGUGCGUGAUGAUGAGAGUGUUGAGAAGCUUUGGAAUCUGAGCGAGGAACUUGUGGGGCAGAAAUUCGAUUAUUAAAUUGCUACAAAAUACUGGGUGUGAACUUCUCGGAUCUUGAUAGAGAAGAUACAAUAAGUCGCCAGGCA